AUGUCUCGAGCUUUCUCAACCACCGCGGCAGCCUCGAAGUCGAUCAGAUGGUUGCAAAGCAAUACAUCGAAGCCCGUCGACUGGGUCAAGAGGGCCCUUGAAGAAUACCUCGACAUCGUUGAAGCAAAGUACCCCCAUCUUGCCAGUAGAGUAAGCAAGGUUACUACUGGGGAGAUACACGGCAAUCCUCACCCAACACUGCGUCAGAGGGGUCGCAACGACCCAUUUCAUGGCUCUGGAGCAAUCGGUACAAAGAAUCUCAAGAGGGACAACCGAGAGACCUCGUUCCACGUCUACCCGAACGGGCUUGUCAAGCCCACUAACGAUAAAUGGCCCACACUGCAGGUCACACCUUCAACCCCUGAGGAGCUUGGGGAUGACUCAAUCUGGCUUGAUCCGGUCUACUGCGACAAAUACGCAAUGGGGGGGCCUAAUGUAGGCGAAAGUUCUGAAAGUCAGCAUGAUGAAGGCAAGAGCGAAGGCAAGAGCGAAGGCAAGAGCGAAGGCAAAGGCAAAGCCACGGCGGCCAAGGACGCCAUGGGAGCAAGUGGUAGCGGUGAUCCAGAAUGA